CCACUGUACAGUUACAGACUGAAACACAGAUAGGUCAUUUUUAAUACAUUUUCCUUAUAUCACGUGCACUUAUUUUACUUUAUAUUGUAAUUAUACAUAUGUAAAGUGUAGAAUCUCUGAAGAAUAUAACUCGUAUUUUAAUAUAAACCAUGGCGAUUGGGUCACUACUGGUGAUUGCUGCGUACUUUUAUCACUGUGAAGCUUUUGCUGUAGUACAAGGAGACGUCCUCAACGAGCGCCCGAUCGUUGGUAUCUUAUCGCAAGAACUAUCGUUGCGUGUACACUCAAUGUUUCCUAAAGAAAACUAUACGAGUUACAUAUCGGCCUCGUUUGUGAAAGAUGUUGAGAAAUCCGGCGCAAGAGUUGUCCCGAUUCUAAUCGGCAGAGAUCGUUCCUACUACAGAAAUAUAUUACGAAAGAUUAAUGGAGUUAUCUUCCCGGGUGGUGUUUCGAAAUUCAACAAUACCAACGGCUAUGCCGACGCCGCCAAACACAUCUAUGAACUGGCACAAGAACUGAACGACGCUGGUGAUUACUUCCCCAUUUUCGGGACUUGUUUAGGAUUUCAAUUCCUCGUCGUACUUACAUCGGGCAGAGGACCAGAAGCGAUUCGAAUCAAAUGUCGCUCGUAUGAAAACUUGCCGCUUAAUUUUACGCAGGAUUUUCGCAAAAGCAGAAUGUUUCACGAAGCACCAAAAGAUAUUAUUCGUAUUUUGAAGAACAAGGACGUCACAGUAAAUUCGCAUGGGUUUUGUAUAGUUGAUGAAAGCCUGAAGUAUCAUAAUCUGACUAAAUACUGGCGCCCAACUUCUUACAGCAAUGAUGAAUAUGGCGUCAGAUUCAUUGCGAGUAUCGAACAUAAAAGGUACCCAUUCUACGGAGUUCAAUUCCAUCCCGAGAAGGCUUCAUUCGACUGGAAAUCAUCAAAGCAUUACACACACUCGUUCGUUGCUGUGAGAACAAACCGUUACUUCGUGGAUUUCUUCGUCAACGAGUGUCGGAAGAGUCAGCACUUUUUCGCCAAUGCAGCCGAAGAAAACGCCUAUUUGAUUUACAAUUACGCACCAAAAUUUACCGGUGCCAUGGGCAGCAGUUAUUUUCAGUGUUACAUGUUUGAGCCGAGAGGAAAUGUUUAAUCAUAGUUUUGUUCGUUGCUUUUAGUUACACAUUUAUGCGCUUUCCUGUGCUCAUAAAGCUGUAAAUAUGCACCUCUAAGUCUAUGUACCUAUUCUUUAAAUUAAUUUUUAAGUAAACUUUCAUUUUGUAAAAUUCCACGUUCCAGAUUUCAUUAUAAUAGAAUCAACAUUGUAAAUCUUACCAAUUUAAGGAUUAUUUUAAGUAAGCAACCGUAUUAUAUUAGUAAAAUUAAUAUUCCAAUAUCAACAUUUAAUAUAUAAUUAUUAUUUUUUUGAUUGUGUUUGUUUUGUAGAUAAUUUGAAUUACAUUUCGUCGUUAUAUACCAUGAUAAACAAAAUAUUAUGUAUAUAUACGUUUUGUUUGUAGAUAAAUGUUUAACGAAACAAAAACCUGACAAGUGCGAAUCGGACUCACUGAGAGCUCUGUACAUAGGAUCAUUAUAAAUAGUUUUGAUUUAGAAAUCGUAUUGCCCAGUUUUUGCUGAGCUUUUUUCGAAUUUCAGACCCCCUGAAUUUUAAGUUUUAAUUACAUAUGUAUAGUUCAGAAACUUUUUCUUAUACUUGUGGUAUAUAACGAUGUUACUUGCCAAAUUACAAAGUAUUGAAUCCUUUGAGAGUGUCGAAAUGCGCGUUUUUGCUAAAUAAGCAGCCGAAUCGUUUUUAACGUAAACUUAGAUGUUCGAUUUUUUCACAGCUCUAAGUAAGAUUUUCAGCUUGAUACCAUGGAAUCCCGAAAUAAAAGGUCUUGACAGACAGACUGACGGAUCACAAAGUGAUCCUAUAUUUAUAUAUAGCUUCCGUUUUUUUUUUCAUUUUGAGGUUCGGAACCCCAAAAAUUAACCCAAAUAAGAUAAUGACAAAUAUGAUACUUUAAUUGAGUUUAGCAUCGUUCGGAUAUACUGAUUUCAAGAUAUUCUUGAAAACAUAUUGAUGUAAAUAAAAUACUUAUAGUUUUUAAACUUUUCCCUAUACUUGUAGUAAAAGACGAUAUUACUGGUUAUAUUAUAACUUUCUCCUUUAUUAAUGUAAAAACUAUGUUCAUAAUAAUAUUAUCAAAGUAUGUAAAUCUAUGUCGGUGACUUUGGUUCUUCUGCGGAUCUCCUCAUUUUGAUUCGAUCACGCAGAGAUACUCCUAACAUAGCUCGUUCCAUCGCCCGCUGUGUGACUCUGAGCCUUCUUAUUAGCGAGUCAAGCGAGUCGCAGGGAUUCGCUGGAUGCAGGUGGCUCAGUAUCGUGAUGUUUGGAAGUCCCUACAAAAGGCCUAUGUCCUGCAGUGGACGUCCAUCGGCUGAUAUGAUGAUGGUGAUGAUGUAAAUUGUUGUAACU